AGCGCCGGAGGAAACUUCAGCUGACACAAGCAGACAGAGAAAGACACUGAAAUAUUAAAAUGCAUCUUAAGAAGAGCGGCUGAGGAUUAUUGUUUAUUGUGACAUCGCAUUAGAUAUGAGAUCAGCACAACAUUCAUGCACCGCAGGUCACCAAAUGCUGCCAUUCAUCGGGCGACCUGAUAAAAAAGAAUAGUGUGAAUCACACGCCUCUCCCUGCUUCUACAGGAAGUGAGCUUUGGCGGCUUUACUUCCAGUCUUCUUCAAACUUUAUGCCUGAGUGACGGAUACGCCAUGUCAAACGGUGCAACUCUCCAAGGUCUCUUGUUUACUGCGGUCUCUCUUUCAAGCUGGGCAGCACCACUAGAGAGCAUCGUCUCAUUGGAUGGCACGUGCUGUGAAGGACGACAGCAAAGAACGUUUGAGAACCAAAGAGAAGAUAAGGGGACAGCAUGGCCUCUAACGGGAGCUCCUCUACAGAAGGACAACAGAAAAUGGGAGUCAGUUACUUCCUCAUCUUCAUCAUCUCAUCUCCCAUCAUUGGUGUCAGGCUCAAGCGAUGGUUCAUUCAGCCUUUCCCCAACCGCUGCCAACAUAUCUCUAACCAUUACCAGUGAGGACACAUUCACUGGCAUGCAUACAGAUGUCAUCUCCUCCAAUCUACCUCAGUCAUCUGCUCCAGAUGGCCUUGGAAGCGUUGAGGAGGAAGCAGUUGUAAACAGCAGUGCUCGAGAAGGGUUGGGCAGAGCGACAGCAGUUGGAAACGAGGACAGACAGUCCGGGGCGGGUGAGCGAGCAGUCUGGUCUAACGCUCGAUAUCAGAAGCACUCAGUAGGCGAGCAGCAGAGCUCAACCAUUCCGGCCUCCAGACAAUCGGUUGUGGAACAUUUCCUGGGGACUACAGAUGGCGUGUCUCUCCUACAGGCUUCGACAACCUCUUCUACGGUCGGCCUAGAGAGAGAUGAGCCACUUAGAUUUAUCUCAGAGGAUGUUGAAGCAUCUAACGGGUCGUCUGGAUUUACAGAAGGAAAGAUUGGGAACAUCCAGCCAGGAGGGUUAGGUGAUAAAGAGACGGUGACACCACUAACAAGAACUCCCCUACAGAAGGACGACAGAAGACUGGAAGCAGAUACGAUCACCGGAACUCCGUCAGACUCAACCGAUGGUCCAUCCAGGUUCUCUCCAUUGACCACUAACCCAAACACACCCAAAACAUCUUUAACCAUUACCAGUGGAGACUCGCUGGGUGGGUUAGAUCUCCUGGAUAACACACCUGUGUCCGGACUCCGUCAGCUGGAUCUGACCUUUAACUCCAGAUUGGUGGAUCCUUCUGAUACCUGGACAGAACCAGUUCACCUGCUGGGAGAGGACGUUAGUGCUCUUUCCACAGCUCUGGAGGUAGGCACAGAUGCGACCAUGUCCUCUGAAGACCUGCCGUUGAUAUUUGAGCCGUUUGAGGAUGUCACCGUGCCGGUGUCUGAACCGUCUGUCGCCAUGGUACCAACAGCUGUAUCUAUGGGAGAUGCAGAACUUGAGCAAAUGGUGUCCAUGGAUACGGCCCACACCCCCUCUGAUGUCACUCUCUCUGAAGCUCAGGAUUGGCCAUCAUCAUGGCAGAUGUCUGGAGUUCAGAAGUCUGAUGUCGUCAGUGAUGACAUCACACAGACUUCGGUUACCCAGCAACCUCUGACGGGCGCUGUUCAGUUACCAGCAUUAAAACCAAAGACAGACACGGAAGAUGGUGAAUCUAGAGAGGAGCCUGAUGAAGAUGAGGUAGAUGAGGAGACUAAUUCUGAUGAAGACGAGGAGGAGAGCGAAGAGGACCUGACAGAAACCACCAUCUCACCCCCCACACGCGCCCCCUACAGUCUGAUACCCCCUCCUCCAGUCUGGGUGCAGCGGAACCAGGGAUUGGUGCGGAGCUGGGUUGAACUUAUAAGAGAAAAGGCCGGUUAUGUGUCUGGUAUGUUGGCACCGGUUGGCAUCGGAAUAGCUGGUGCUCUUCUGCUGGUUGGCGCUCUGUACAGUAUCAGAGUGAUUCAUCGCAAACGGAGGGACAAUUUUAAACAUCAGAGGAGGAAGCCGCCCAGAGAAGUUCGGAGCGGACCCGACAACACAAUGCUGCUGGCCGACAGCUCAGAGGACGAAUUCUGAUGAAGACAAUCAAACAUCUAGAAACCGUUUGUGCUUCAGUCCGGAUACAAACAGGAAUGAUUGUCGUUUCACCGCUUGCCACUCAAAUAGUGCUGAAACACAGUAAACACAUUUAUAAAUGGAUUUUUCUUUAAGAAUCACCUCUUUUGAGAAACGUUACAUACAUUGAACAUUUCAACUGCAAAACUGCUGUUAAUAAUUAAUAGUUUAAAAUGUUCACAAAUAUACAUACUUGACUGUCGUGUAAUUCAUGUUUUAAUAGUACAUUCAUUAAUCGUGCAGCAUUUUAUGACAUUUUCUGCAAGAUACUCCGCCUGCUUUGGUGUCAUAUAUGUGAAACUAUUAAACACCAGGUGUGUUAUUUCAUUUAGCGCAGUGGUUCUCCAACUAUGUACGCAGACAAAAAAAACCAUUUGCAAAUAAAUUGGACAUUUAUUAUGAAAUGUUCCGUAGCUCAAAGUGCUUUAACUAAUUAUUUGCACGUUUUAUAAUGUUGCAAAGCUGAAAAGAAAAAUGCAUAUGCAUUUGCAACAUUAUAAAACGUGCAAAUAAUUAGUUAAAGCACUUUGAGCUACGGGACAUUUCAAACUUAAUGUCAAAUGCACCACUGACAUUCUUUUAAAUGGUGUCCUGAUAAACACAUCAUGAAAUGUUUAUGUAUAUACAGUAUAUAGUUUGUUUUCACUGUAAAUAUAUGAUUGGUACAAUGUUUUCAUUUUGUAAUGACAAUCCGAUAAUGUGCAGUUCAAUAUGAACUCAUUACGUGUGCCUCUGUAAUGGCAAUCCUUUUAUUUCAUUUCUUAAAAAAACGUUAAUAGAUAAUAAUGAAUCAUAAUGUUGAUAAUAAUGAAUCAUAAAUUCACUGCAGGCUUGUGAUGGUAUUUUUAAUUCAUUGCAUUUAAAAAAUAUUUUUGUCAAAGUUGUGAAAUAGAUCCGUACUGUAAAGGGUGUUCAGGAUCCUGUACAGAAACACGUGAAAAUAUGAAAUCAUUUACAGUACAUCACUGUAAAUAAAAACAAAAACAAA